AUGGAGGGCUCCACCGGCUUCGGGAUCGACUCCAUCCUCUCGCACCGAGCCGGCAGCCCGGCCGUGCCCAAGGGGGACCCGCUGGUGGGCGACGGCCGCUCCCCGCUGGAGCUGAGCCCCCGCUCGGAGGGCAGCAGCGGGUGCCCCUCUCCGCGUUCCCCGGAGGCGGCGGUGCGGCCGGGCCUGGACGCGCACCUGCAGCCGGGGCAGCUCUCGGCUCCCUCCCAGUCCCGAACCGUCACCUCCUCCUUCCUCAUCAGAGACAUCCUGGCCGACUGCAAACCCCUGGCCGCCUGCGCGCCUUACUCCAGCACCAAUGGACCUCACGGCGGGCAGGAGGCGGCGGGCAGGAUCCCCACCAAACCCGGAGAGGACUUUAGGGAGAAAAUGGAAAAAACCACCAGCAGCUCCUCCUCGGACUCCGAGUACAAAGUGAAAGAAGAAGGGGACCGGGAGAUUUCCAGUUCCCGGGACAGCCCCCCGGUGCGGCUGAAAAAGCCUCGCAAAGCCCGCACCGCCUUCACCGACCACCAGCUGGCCCAGCUGGAGCGCAGCUUCGAGAGGCAGAAAUACCUGAGCGUGCAGGACAGGAUGGAGUUGGCCGCCUCCCUCAACCUCACCGACACGCAGGUGAAAACGUGGUACCAGAACAGAAGGACCAAAUGGAAAAGGCAGACGGCGGUGGGCCUGGAGCUGCUGGCCGAGGCUGGCAACUACUCAGCCCUGCAGAGGAUGUUCCCCUCGCCCUACUUCUACCCGCAGAGUUUGGUCUCCAACCUGGACCCCGGCGCCGCCCUCUACCUGUACCGCGGACCCAGCGCUCCGCCCCCGGCCCUACAGAGACCUUUGGUGCCCCGCAUCCUCAUCCACGGACUGCAGGGCGGCAGCGAGCCCCCCCCGCCCCUACCCCCGCUGCCCGGCGUUCUGCCCCGGGCCGCGCAGCCCCGGUGA